AUGAAUGGCGUCAAAUAUCAAAUAGACAUCGGUUGGCAGAGCGUGUACGAUGACUUAGAAGUAUUUGAAGCUCGACUACGAACAGCAGCUUUCUUCAUUGAUAGUAAUCCUGAUGACAACCUGACAAAUCCUAGCCAUCUACCCCGGGUACCAAAGGAUAGGAAAUGGAAACCUCCAACGUCAAGGUACCCUGAACUUGAACUAUUUUUAGCUAAUGUACGGCGUGAUCUUAUCAAUCCUGAGAACAUUUGGCAAGCUAGAGAUAACCUUUCUAAAAAAGAACGGGGUGCGCUUAAAAAACUUAAAAAUUCCAAUGUAGUGAUUCGUAUACAGGACAAAGGAUCCCGAUUUGUUUUAACUAAUGAAAGGGAGUACGAGGAAAAAAUGUUUGGUCAGCUAAACAAUCAGUUGCAUCAUGAACCUUUGCAAUUAGACCCAACCUCUAAAUAUUUGGCAUUAGUAGAGAGUUGGUGCUCCAAAUGGCUAGGAAAAGGUGAGAUUUCUCCCGAAGUAGCCAAAUGGGUUAUAAAUAAAGAAGCGAGACGAGGAGUUGCAUUUGGAAACAUGAAAACACACAAAACGGGUAACCCGCCCAGACUUAUUACAUAUUGUUGUGGCACGGCAAUUAAAAACAUAUCGGCCUUUACUGAAUUUUAUUUACAACCACUUGCUCGAAAAUUACCAUCGUAUAUUAAAGACACUACCGACCUGCUUACCAAAAUAGAACAUCUUAACACAAGCGGUCCAUUUCCAACUGGCACCUUAAUGGUCUCGUGGGAUGUGGUUUCAAUGUUCCCUAACAUCGAUAACAAACUAGGCCUCACUGCAGUAAGGAAGGCUUUGAGUAGAGAAAACAAAUUGCCAUCCACGACUUGCAUUUUAGAAGCCGUAACAAUUUGUUUGAAAAGCAGCCAUUCUGUUUUUAAAGAGAAUCUCUUUCUUCACAUCCAUGGCACAGCUAUAGGUCGGAAGAAUGCUUGUAGCUAUGCCGAUAUAGCCAUGGGCGAAAUUAAUCACAAAGCUAAGUUUUCUGGUCCGAUAAAGCCGUCCUUAUGGUGGCGAUAUCGAGACGAUGUAUUUGAUCUAUGGCAGCAGGGCCUUCCUGCCCUACAUAAAUUUACUGAUUACAUCAAUUCUCUAUAUCCUACUAUUAAGUUUGAGCUAGUUUUUUCUGAACGUGAGCUUCACGUACUUGAUCUUACUUGA